AUGGUUCGAAUCUUUAUUAAGGGGGGUGUGUGGAGGAACAGCGAGGAUGAAAUCCUGAAGGCCGCAGUUAUGAAAUAUGGCCUCAACAACUGGAGUCGUGUGGCUUCUCUUCUUGUCAAGAAAUCAGCCAAACAGUGCAAAGCCAGGUGGUAUGAGUGGCUAGAUCCUAGCGUGAAGAAAACAGAAUGGACGCUGGAAGAAGAAGAGAAACUGCUGCAUCUGGCCAAGAUCAUGCCAUCACAGUGGCGCACCAUUGCUCCCAUUGUUGGAAGAACGGCAUACCAGUGCCUUAUGCACUACGAAGAACUUCUGGAUCAGGCGCAAGAAGGGAUGGAAGGAGAAGAAGGGAAGUCAAGCGGCACGGCUUUCUCACAAGCCCCUGGCAGUCGCAAGGCCCCUGGAAGGGGUGUGGGAUUUCUGAGAGGGAGGGAAGACCCUCGGCGUCUUCGUCCUGGAGAGAUUGAUCCCCAUCCUGAAACCAAGCCCUCUCGUGCAGAUCCAAUUGACAUGGCGGAGGAUGAGAAGGAAAUGCUUGAAGAGGCCAGAGCCCGUCUCGCGAACACGCGUGGCAAGAAGGCAAAGCGCAAAGCUAGGGAGAAACAGCUCGAAGAGGCACGCCGGCUAGCGUCUCUUCAAAAGAAAAGAGAGCUCAAGGCGGCAGGCAUCAUCACCGGCGCCAAGAGACGAACCAGGAAGAACUUCCAGCCAUACGAGGAAGUGCCCUUUGAAGAGAAACCGCCCCCAGGUUUUUACGCGGUCCCGUCAGAGGAGAAUCCGGAGGGAAAUCUGAACUUUGCGAAUAUUAGCUUGCAGCACAUGGAAGGAUCGAUGCGCGCUCGAGAGGAGGAAAAGCUGCGGAAGGAAGAUGCACGGAAGUUGAAGCGACUUAGAGAAGAUCACCUGGAUGAGUACCUCAAGCUGCAGGAGGAGAAGCUGAAGAAAGACGCUAUUGCCAAGAAAAUGAAACUUAAUCUACCGGAGCCAAUGUUGAAAGAGCACGAACUGGAGGAGCUUGUUCGCCUUGGCGCAGAGGCUUCGCUUCUGACGGGCGCAGAUGGUCAUGAUGAAACAUCAACGUUGCUUGCCCAGGGGCUUUCUACGCCAUCCACGGCAGUUUCUCGAAUUCCCCGUCGGUCAGAACGCGUUCAGCAAGAGGCGCGCAACGCUCUUGCGCUUCUUGGGGUCAAUACACCACUGGAGGGUGAAGAGAAUGCACACAUUGAGGAGGUCUCUGGGGGGGUUGGCCUAACACCCGGUGACGUACGGACGCCUAAUGCUCUGCAACAGCAACUCCGUAGCAGUCGUUUGACGGGCACUAUAUCAGACACGCCACUCACUGCAGCCUCUCGCAUCACAGGCACGGGCUAUGGGAGCAGCGCCACUCCGCUGAAUGAUCCAUCAGACGUUGGUUCGGCCUCAGAAGGAGGUGGAAUGGGCUCAAAGGCAGAGCUGCAAUUGGCGCGUCUCCACGCUCGCACGUCUCUUGCUUCGUUGCCUGCACCCCAUAACGACGUCACGGGUCAAAUUCCUGACGAUAUCACAGAAGAGGAAAAGGAUCUUCUCGAAUCUGAAGCUGAUCUGGACAUGGAGGAGGUCGAGAAGCGUCGUGCAGAGCGCGCGGCCGAAGCGGCCCGCCGGCGGUUCCUAGAGCAAACGCAAGUGAUACAGUGCCAGCUUCCUAGGCCUAUUCUCCCACCACUCAAACCCCUCUGCCAGUCACUCGACGCUGCCACUGUCGUGGCUGCGGCGGUACAGCACCAGCUGCAGCAGGAUGAAGCCACGUACAUUACUGAAGAGGCAAAAGAUGCGGCUGUUUCCGCCAUUUCAGAAGCCACUUCCCUCACUGAGCGCGUCAUGAGCCUGCUUGUUCAACAUGAUUGUUUUGAGCAUCCAUUUCGGGGUAUCAAGCCACCGCCGCCAGCUGCCGAGCUUGAGCCAUGCAGCUUGGAGGAAAUGCAGGCGGCGCGGGAACUGAUUGAAACGGAGUUAGCUUCUUGGGGUGUCGACGAAAACUAUCCGAAAUUGGACAAACUUCUUUUCACUUUGGAAACUCAGCUAGUAUUCAACCCGGCUUCAAAAUCGUAUGUAUCUGCAUCAAACUUGAGCCCAAACGAGCGUCUCCAGGUGCACGUGCAUCAAGUGGAAACAUUAAAGACCGGCUUAGCCACAGCUGUUCAACGCACAAAGAAACUAGAAAAGAAAUACAAGGUGCUUACGACGGGUUACACGAAUCGUCAGAAGGAACUGGCCAAGGCGAUAGGUGAAAGCAGCGCUGAAUUGCUGCAGCUCGAUGCCCGUAUCGCCUCCUUUAGCAAGCUUCACGAAGCAGAACAGAAGGCAGUGAAGACUCGGACCGAACAAAAGAGGCUAGAAGUCAUACGGGAACGAGCCAAGCACCUGUUUCUCCAGCAACUCUACGGCCGCCUAACAGUGGUCAAAAAGCAUCUUCAGGAGUUGCUGAACGAAAAGGGGACGACCCAACAGCUGCACCAAGGGGAAAAGGACCAAGCUUUGCCAUAG